GACGUUCAUUUUCCCACCAAAUAAUUUGCUCGGCAUUUACGAUAAUCACCAAAAUAUUUCGGGUAAAUCUUUGAAAAACCAUAAAAACUAGUCAUAAUUUUGAAUAAUUUACAUCAAUUCAUGUGGAUAACUAAAAAAAUCACGGUAAAACCGUCGAAAAAAGCAUAGUGAUUAACGCACACAGACAACGGAAAAUCGAUUCAAAUGAAUGAAAUUGACUGCUUGCGCCACCAUUAUGAAUAAAAACGCUUGCGAACUACAGUGGAAAAAAAUGCUAGCGUAUACAUAAAACCACCGCAAUGCGAACGUGCGUUUCUGACAUUUUAUUUAUUUUAUACGGAGCUGGGUAUUCAUUUUACAUUGAUGAACGUACGCGCUUCGGUCGAAGUACACAAAAAAAAAUUCUGUAAAAAAAAAUUCGGAGGCAUCAUUGUUGAUGAAUUAAGUGCGAAAAUUGUGUGGAUUUCGAUAAUGUAAACGAAUCCGCAUCGUUUUCACGUUUUACGGACAGUGCAAGAGGUUUUCAUAAAUCGGCGUUGAUUUCUGAAACAGAGCGUAUGUGUAUUAAAGAAGCGCAAAGUGUUUGCGUUUUGCGGGCUUUCGAUUUCAUUGAGAUAUAAUUUCCACACGGCGUUGAACAAUCCGUGUUUGUAUUCAGUUUAGUUUUUUUUUUUCCUGCUAUUUCGGCCCGCUCUUCGCAUUCGGUAAAUUAAACAUUUGCGAUUGUUUUGAUCGAGUGCAUAAUUGUGUGGUGGUGUAAAUUUCGGGACGAAGAAUUCAUUUUUAGUGCGGUAUAUACUUCUUUUUUUCAAGUGGAAUCAAAUAAGUAAAGUGUAAGCAUUGGUCGUGUAGCCGUAGUUCACUGUACGACACACACGCAUUGUGUGUGCUAUUAGUCAAUAAGCUAAUCAAUAAGGAGAAGUUGAGUUUUGUUUUGUUUUCUCUGUGCAACCAAACGACACACGAAAAUUCAGCGCAUUUAAACAAAAAAACACACACACACAUAUGAAUGCACUUGUGUGGAAGGAAACGUAACCAUGGAAAGUGAAACAUACCGCUUUAUUUCAUUAAUUGAGAAACAUCCCCAAUUAUAUAAUAAAAAGCAUAAAGAUUUUUUGCGCCAAGACAUUCGCAAUACAAUAUGGGACAGCAUUUGCAAGGAGAUGAAUUGGGAUGAUACCAACAAGGCAAAGAAGAAAUGGCGCAAUCUUCGUGAUAAAUUCGUGAAGAAAAGGCGCCGACAUGGCAGCGGCUCCAACUCGAAUGAGGACGAAAGCCAACGAGAAUUCUACAAUAGCCUAAUGUUUCUGGAUGGGCAUGUAAACAGUCGAAAUGCUCGUACAAGUCAGGGUCAGACGACGUCUGGAUCGACCACCAAUACGGUGAUAAGUACAACAACCACCACGCAGCAGCCGCAAUACGUGCAAGUCAGCACCAAUCAAAUACCAAUCGAGCACAUAAACCUGGAAUAUUUGUCCGGUGUCAAUGUCACCGAAGACGCUCAAUGUUUACUCGACAUUUCUAACAAUACGAAUGCCAUAGCCAAUCAUCAACACCCUCCGCCGCAACCGCAGCAAACUCAACAAAUUCAAACGCAACCGCAAUCCCAACAGCAUCAAACCCAUGGCCAACCGCAGCAUCAAUCGUUGGCUGCCCAGCACAUUCAACAAUUCAAAAUUGAAUUUCAAGAUCAGCUCGAAACGAGUAUGGACGAAAAGAUCAGCUUGAAUCAGGUAUGUCAUCAGGAAGGCGAAGAGGUCAUUGUACAGCAAUGCGAAGUGGAAAAUGCUACAUACGAUGCACAAACGCAUACAUUGACCCCAACAUCGACCACAUUGGCGCCGAUACCAACGGCCAUACAUCGUGCGCACACCACCAAUUCGGGUCCGAAAAAGAUUUAUCAUCAAGUCAUCAACAGCAACGGAUUGAUUACCACAAAUCAACAUCAGAUUGUUACGGCACAAAUCAAGCGGCCACGUAUUGAGGUCGCCGAUCAACAGGACAUUGGCGAAGCGAUCACCGCCGCCGUUGACUAUUAUAAACAGCAAACGGCCAUCGCUGAUGCCGAUGCUGCAUUUGCCAAAUACAUUUUAGAGGAGCUGCGCGAAAUGAACAAAAAGCGCAAAAAUGAGUUUAAACGAAUGGUUACCACUUGGCUAACCACUGAAGAAGAUGACGGACAUGCGGAAUGACGAAUGCCAGUACGGCAACGUCGAUACCGAUGAUGAAUUUUCCUUUGAUAAGGAAAAUAUAAACACACACACACACACACCCACUUAACGAAAAUAAAACAAAAAAAAUCAAUGGUUACACAAGAGUAAUUUCUUUUUUUGUCGAGAGAAACACACACAAAAUAAUAUGGCGAGCAGUAAUGAAUGGAGUGAAAUAAUAAAAGAAUGGAGAGGAUUCAGAACAUUUUUUUUUUCGUCGAAGAUAAGAUUUGCACUAAGGAGUUACGUUGCUUGGACUUGGAUGGGCACGAUGCGUUCGGACCCAAAUCGCAACGGACAUUUCUUUUUUUAAUUGUAUUUUAAAAUUCUUUUAAAACAAAAUAUCCUUUGAAACAUUAUUUUUAUGUAUGUCAUAGUAAAUUUGCAUUGUGGAAAUAUAUAUAGGCUUAUGUCUCAUAAAACAAAACCGGAUUAAAAAAAAACACACACACACACCAUAAAUACGAAAUUGAAAUUGUAAUUCACACAUAAGCAACACGUACGAACCCACACCGAAGCAGCAGCAGCAAUUGAGAGUCAAAAAAACAAACUCACAUACAAACACAUAUAUACACUCAAAAACACACAGAGAGAGAGACCAGGACCCAUGGAAUAAUUUGCAUCGAUUUGAAGGAUGCAAUUUACCAAUGGAACAUAGAAAAAAUAGCAUGAGAAACAUAGAUUUCUAAUUGAGCACAUUUUAGAAAAAAGUGUAUUUUUUCUAUAAAUCAAAAUUUAAGAGAAUCUACUUUCACAUCAUGUGUAAAUUCUGUAAUCGUCUUGUUAAAGAAAAGGAAUCAAAAUAAAAAAAAAUACUUAAAAAAAGCUACAAACAGCAAA